AGCCGGUCAGCGGGGCUGCAGUACUCGACUCUGGCGACUUGAUCCUUGCGAAAAUUUUGUUCGUAAAAAAACGAGGAUCCGAAGAUAUUGUUUUCAAAAUUGUGAUGUACUUAUUGAGCGGAGGCAUCGUUGGCAAGAAAUCGACAGAUUCAUUUUCAUACAAGUUUGAAAGGUAGUAGAAGAAAGGAGUGUUGACAGUAUUCGGAUUCAUUGGCGAAGUCGUGAUCGUCCACCGUUGUGGAUCUACAACGUCUUGACGAAACGGUAACGACGACGAAGAUGAUGCUGGGAGAAGUGAACGGUGAAUUUGUUCAUCCCCGGGUAGAGGAGGCCGCGAAAACACCGUUUCAAUCGCACGUCAAGGCUCACAGGGUGGUAAACGGAGACAGUCAUAUCGUAAACGAGAACCCUUACUCGUACCCGGUGUACGAAGACGUAAUCAGACGAUCGAUUGACCAGCCCGAGGAAUUCUGGUCGGAAAUAGCCCAAUACGUUGAAUGGAGCAAGCCGUGGGAAAAGGUCCUCGACGACUCGAAUUCACCCCACACCAAGUGGUACGUCGGCGGCGAGAUAAACGCCUGCCACAACGCCGUCGACCGGCACGUCGCUGCUGGUCGCGGGGACAAAGUCGCCCUGAUACACGACAGUCCGCAGACCUCGACCGUCCGCAGUGUCACCUACAGCGAACUCCUCGACAAGGUCUCUCUGCUCGCCGGGGUCCUCGCCGAUCUCGGUGUCCGCAGGGGCGACAGGGUCGUCAUUUACAUGCCUCUCAUACCCGAGACCGUCAUGGCCAUCUUGGCCACCGCCAGGCUCGGCGCUAUACACUCCGUUGUCUUCGGUGGAUUCGCUGCGAGGGAACUGGCAACCAGAAUCGAUCACGCGGAACCAAAAGUGAUAAUAUCUGCGAGCUGUGGGUUGGAACCGAACAAACUUAUAAAAUACACCGGCAUACUGAGCGAAGCCAUGGACCUGGUUACCGUGGAGAAACCCAAGAGUAUCAUUUACCAGAGACGUAACGUUUGGGAGUCCCCCUUGUCCCGCGAGGAUAUAGACUGGGAUUUGGCGCUAAAAAACAGUAAACCUCAUCCGUGCGUUUCCGUCGAAGCCAACGAGACACUCUACGUAUUGUAUACCUCCGGAACCACGGACAAACCGAAGGGAAUUCAAAGACCCAUAGGUGGUCACAUUGCGUCACUUGUUUGGACCAUGAAAGCCAUUUAUGGAACUGACGAGAAUUCGGUGUGGUGGGCAGCCUCGGACAUGGGCUGGGUCGUUGGCCAUUCUUACAUAUGUUACGGUCCUCUUUUGGCCGGCAUAACCAGCGUCAUGUACGAAGGAAAGCCGGACAGGACACCGGACGCCAGCCAAUACUUCAGAAUAAUCGAGGAGCACCGGGUCAAUGCCUUGUUCACCGUGCCAACCGCCUUUCGGGUCUUGAGGAGAGUUGAUCCCGACGCAUCCCUGGGAAAGAAAUAUUCUACCAAAUCGCUCAAGACAAUAUUUAUAGCGGGUGAGCAUUGCGACCUCGAGACGAAAACGUGGGCGGAAAACGUCUUCAAAGUUCCUAUAUUUAAUCACUGGUGGCAAACUGAGACCGGGCACGCGAUUACCGCCCCCUGUCUAGGCUUAGGUCACAAUCGAGAUCUGCCUCCGUAUACGGCAGGGAUGCCGUUUGCCGGUUACAAUGUUAAAGUUUUGCGGGAAGACGGAAGCCUCGCCGUUCCAAACGAGCUUGGAAGAAUUGUGAUCAAGUUGCCUUUGCCACCUGGUACGAUGUCGAAUUUAUAUUUGGCCCCGGAACGGUUCAGGCAAACUUAUUUCUCAAAGUAUCCGGGGUUUUACGACACGAUGGAUGCCGGGUAUAUCGAUGAGUUUGGAUUCGUUUACGUAACGGCGCGUGACGAUGACGUUAUAAACGUGGCAGGGCAUAGAUUGUCCACCUUUGCCUUGGAGGACGUUGUUCUUGGGCAUCCGGACGUCGUUGAUGCGGCCGUCGUCGGGGUUCCAGAGUCCACCAAAGGCGAGAUACCUCUGUGCUUGUACGUUCUAAGAGGAGACGAUGUGAAGAACGAGGAAAAAGUUAACCUGGAACUAAUAGCACGAGUUCGCAAACUUAUCGGACCGAUCGCUGCCUUCAAACUUGCUGCAUCCGUCGAAGCACUGCCGAAGACGAGAUCAGGGAAAACUUGCCGAAAAUCUAUAGCUGAUUUGGCGAGGUCGAUGCGGAUCCAGAUUCCAAGCACGAUCGAGGACCCGACGGCCUAUACAGGAAUCAUAAUGGCACUUCAAAAACUUGGAUACGCAAAAAACGCACCCGAUCCAGAGUUAUAGAGGCGUGAAAUACAGAGUGUAUCUCGUUAAUCAAGUAAAUCAAAAUCACUUACUUACCUCGUGAUGAAACAUGUUGACGAUUGUAGAUCAAUCGAAUCAAAUUUAAGAAAAAUAAAAUCAUACAAAGAAAAGGAGUAAAAAAGAAUUGAAACUCUAUCGGGACAGGAUAAAUUAGAUGUGUUGACUGGUGUUUUGAUAAAUUUUUAUCCGAAGACAAAACUACUGAACGUUUGUCUUGAAACCUUUUUCUUUCCAUAUAUUUUCAUUCAAUAUUACACAGUCUUCAAUAUCGUUCAUCAUGUAAGAAUCGAAGAUUUUCUCAUCUCACUUUUUCUGCUUCUUUCUCCUACCCCUUUUUCCGCCCGAAAUUUCCGAGCCCGUCGGUUUUUCUUCCGUCUUACGUUUGGGCACGAUAUUCGAUUUCGGAACCAUUUCCGGAUCGGAUUUCGUCGGAAUACUGAAUCCGGGGAUCUGCAAACGAGUUCAAUAACAUCAAAGUAUGAACUAUAAAGUGCGGAAAUGAACACGUGUCUGGAUAUAUAAACAUAGUAACAAGCUGACUAGGAAAUCUCUUACAACUGGCUUCACAAGCUUGAACACAAGCUUCUCGUGCUGAACGUUUGACCGGUCAAGACUCAGCUGGACCACGACUGGAUCGAAGGAAUGGAAAACAAUGUGUUCGAAUUUCUGGCUCUGGUCUUCCUCGUCAUAAAUGAAAUUUACAGGUGAAACUUCGCCUUUUUUACUAAGAUAUAAAGUUCCCUCCAGUCCGUAUUUCGGUAUGAGAAUCUGAAGGGCGUUUUUCCUUACAAAUAACACGUAACCCUCCUCGUUCUGUACUUUCUCUCUGAAAAACAACUAAUCCAACAAAGAAGAAAAAUUAUUCAAUCAAA